AUGGAACAAUACGACGUCGCCGUAGUUGGUCUCGGUGCCCUUGGCAGCGCCGCAGCUUAUCAAGCUUCCAUCAAAGGCGCCAAAGUUGUUGGCUUCGAGCAAUUCGAACUGGGCCACGUUCGCGGCGCUUCGCACGAUACUUCACGUAUUGUCAGAACCUCAUAUGGGGCUCCUGAGUUCGUCGCCCUCGCUCGGUCAGCUUAUAAAGACUGGGCGGAGCUGGAGAGGCGGUCGGGAAUGAAGAUGCUGACUAUCACGGGAGGUGUCGUCUUUCUCCCACAGAAGGGGCCAACGCCAUCGAGUGACUUUACUACUAGUCUCGAUGCCAACGGCGUCCUCUAUGAGGUUCUCACGCCCGAGGAGACCAACAAAAGAUGGCCUGGGUUCAAUGUUCCUCAGGGCGUUGAUACCGUCUUCACCCCUGAUUCGGGCAUUGUUCACGCCGCAAAGGCCGUCAUGACGCUCCAGUUCCAGGCUCGCUUCAACGGCGCCGUCCUCAAGGAGAACACACGCGUCGAGGCUGUGACGCCCCAACCCAGCGGCGGCGUAACGAUUGAGACUUCUCAAGGUGUCUAUCACGCUCGCAAGGUCAUCAUUGCUGCUGAUGCAUGGACGAACAAGCUCCUCAAGCCACUCGGCGUUGAGCUCCCCAUCACCGUCAUGCAGGAGCAGGUAACCUACUUCAAGCCCUCUCGCGAGCACGAAGCACAGUUUGCAAACGACAAGUUCCCCGUUUGGAUCUGGGGAGGUGAGAAGUGGUUCUAUGGCUUUCCUCUCUACGGCGAACCCGCGCUCAAGGCUGGUCAAGACGCUGGAAGAAACGACAUGAAUCCUGAAGAGCGUACAUGGCGGCCCUCGGAGAGAUUGAGCAACGAGCUCAACGGAUUUCUGGAUAGGCUUAUUCCCAAGCGAGGCGAUGAGUUGAGAACCGUCACCUGCCAAUACACAAUCACGCCUGAUCGACAGUUUAUCAUCAGCGAGUUAGAGAAGCACAAGGAUGUUAUUCUCGCUCUCGGUAACGCACAUGCCUUCAAGUUUGCUCCCGCUAUCGGUCGAGUUACUGCUGAGCUUGCAUUGGAUGGGAAGACGACUGAUGAUAUCUCAAAGUUUGGGUUUCCCAAGGCAACACCCAGCAAACUGUAGUCCUUGAUGGGGCGGAUAUAACCAAGG